CCCCCCCCCCCACUCUUUCUUUCCUUCUCUCUCUCUCUCCCUCUCCCUCUCAACCGUCCACACGCCCUAAUUCGACUUCAAUAUGGGCUGCCCACCUUAAUUGCGCCCUCCGUCUAUCGCUUGAAUCCACCACCUUUUACAGGGAUCUACCCUCGUCUCGCUCGCUUGCUCUCUCUCGCCCUCUCGCUCGCUCGCUCUACCACCUUGUUUCCCCCCCCCCCAAACUUUUCCCACCAGCCAUGACUCUCUCUGCCGGGUACGGCCGUUGGCUAGGCCUCCUCUUCCUCUCGCUUUACGCUUCUACCAGCUCCGCCGCCAGUAUCCUUCCCUCGGCGGCCUCCUCCUCGUUCCCCCAAUGUGGUCUCUCCUGUACGGCCCUGACCCAAGCUCAGAGUAGCUGCGAGUCGGGCGCCGAAACCACCUGGGUCUCCUGUUUCUGCCAGUCUGCCCUCCUCACCUCUCUCAAGACGUCCGGUAGUCUAUGCACCUCGUGUGCCUCGUCCUCCGAUCAGUCCCUGCUCUCGACCUGGUAUAACAACUACUGCAACUCUGGUGGCCAGGAUACAAGCAGUUCGACUAGCUCUACUACCAGCACCAACACUGCCACGGCUACCAAUUCCGCUUCAACGGCCACUUCGACGGCCGGGAAAAGCACGAGUAAUACAUCCGCCGCGGAUGAAAAUAAGUCUUGGUGGAGCACCCAUUACCAAUGGGUGAUCAUGCUGAUCGUCCUCGCGAUCGGCUUUAGUGCCAUCGCCGCCGCUGGUGUCUAUUUCAAGCGCCGCUACGACGCGAAGCGACCCGGCCUAUAUCACGGUGGAAGCGCCGCGGGCAGUUCGGGCGUGCUGAGUGGAAAUCCCGUCUCCAAUUCGAAUUCGGGCGCCUUGAGUCCCCCUCCCCCGGCCUGGGCGUCGUCCACGGGGCCUAAUCAAGCACAGUCUCUGGCGAGUAGCUCGCGGACGGAUAUUGCCGCUGCUCGCGGGAAUGCCCCCACGCCCGGUAGUCGCACGCGUCUACCAAAGCAAGGUCAGGCCGAAGGGGAUGUCGAGAUUCGACAGGUCUCUUUGCGGCAAUAAUUGGACUUUCCACGUUUGAUCUGGUCUUCUUGCGAUGUUUUCAUUUCUCGAUGCUUCUAUUGUCCCGUUUCGUGUUUGUUUCUUGAUAUCUUGGAGGGUUUAUUUGGAUGAUUCGGAUAUCUGUGACUCGGGAUGUGAUUCGUCCGUAUCUGUUACCGUGUCUACCGUGAACAAAUCUCCGUCUAUCUGAGGUGGAGAUACUUCUCUUGUCCCUUGUCUUUCUUUACACCCCAUCUUGCAUUGUCUCGGCGUUUAGAGCAGUUGUGGGAGUAUAACUUUUUUCUCCUUUUUCUUUUUAUUUUCGAAGGACGCGAGGCCGUCUGGCACUUCCUCCCUUGCCGUUUGUGGUCAACUAGACCUUGACUUUCUUCCUCCAAUCCCUUUUAUCACGAUUGGAUUUGCUUAUUGUGUUAAAUCUAACUGACGUCUGAUGUUUCCCCGUACCUGCGUGGGUUUUGGUAUUUUGAUACACAUUCGGGGCGUGGCUUGGUCUCGUUUAAAACUCUUUGAAUUUUUAUAUCCGUGCGCAUGGAUAAGAAUUACAGU